UCUGGUUUGGCUGAUAUUUGUUGUCAAUUGUUUUGGCAUUUCUUUGAAUCCUGCAAAUAUGAAUGUUUAGCGAUAAAGAUUGUACGAUUUUCUGAAUUAAAGAUGUUGUAUUGACGUUUUUAAAGGAGCUCCUAUUCGUGAGCAAUGGAAUUUAUUCUAAAAUGAGUUGAGAUUCAGCAAAAUAAGCUAGCCAUGGCUACUUACAACACUGAAGUUCAUUCAGUGGUGUUAGAAGUGAGCCCAGACAUUCACAUUUGUGGAUUCUGUAAACAACAGUUCAACAAUCUUGAUGUUUUUCGGGCUCAUAAACAAAAUGAGUGUGCUCUCCUGUCCUCAGACACUGUGGCCUCUUCUACAGCCGCCCUGACAGAUCCCAACACGGAGUUUGUCUUUGAGGAAACGUUUAAAACCUGCGUCAUGAGAGGUGCCAAAAAGUCCACGAGCAAAACCCCGAAAACUGCUCAAAGAAAAGUGAAACCGGCACUAGCUUCAAAGAGACACAGCUGCUGCUUCUCAGGUUGCACUUUUAAAACGCAGUAUGGCCAAAAAGAUAUGGAGAGGCACCUUAAAACACACACUGGAGAGAAGCCGUUUGAGUGUGAGCUGUGUCAUAAGCGCUUCAGUCGCAGAGAUAAGCUGAACAUGCACAGUCGCUCCCACACUGGAGAGAAGCCUCACAAAUGUAAACUGUGUUCAUACGCCGCGGCCGACAGCAGCAGUCUGAAGAAACACAUGAGGAUCCACUAUGACGAGAGGCCCUUUAAGUGUCAGAUCUGCUCCUACGCCAGCCGCAACUCCAGCCAGCUCACUGUGCACCUGCGAUCACACACUGGCGAUGCUCCGUUCCAGUGCCAGCAGUGCGACGCCAAGUUCAAAAUCAACUCUGACCUGAAGCGUCACCUCCGGAUCCACUCUGGUGAAAAACCUUACAAAUGUGACUUCUGUGAAUACCGCUGUGCUAUGAAAGGAAACCUCAAAUCUCAUAUCCACAUCAAACACGGCACUGACAACGCUUUCCAAUGCACGCAAUGCGAUUUCAAAUGCACCAAUAAGACUGCACUACGCCAGCACUCCAGAGACCACCAGCCUACGCAAGCUAUUCAAUGCUCCAAGUGCAGUUACUCCUGCUCCAGCAAGGGGGCGCUCAAAGUCCACGAAAGAAUCCACUCGGACGAAAAACCCUUUAAAUGCGAAUUCUGCAACUUCGCUUCCAAACAACGCAGCAACUUGGUCAUCCAUCAGAAAAAAGUCCACGGAGAUAAACCAGAAGAUGUUGCGAAAAGUAAAAGUAGCAAGAAUAAAAGUUCAGAAUUGACAAAACCGGUUAGCUCGCGGUAUAGAGCGAAACUGGACGCAGCCAGAGCUUUUUCGUGCGAUUUUUGCGACGCGUCUUUUGUGAGAGAAGAUUCAUUAAGAAGUCACAAAAAACAGCACAAAGAAAGUAAUAUGCUAGAACUACAACUGCCUACGCAAUCGAAUACAAUCACGUUAAUACCUGAUUCAACAUCGCAACCCAACCAACUUGAAAUUCCUACGACAAUUGGAACUUGUUUGGGGAGUGGACACCUUAAAAUCAUCGUUUCUCAAGAUUUUUCUAACGUGGAGAGUUCGAAUAAAGCAAAUAUGGUUCUACUGAGUCAAGAAAGUCAAAAUAUGGUCGUGAACUCCAUGCUACAGCAGGUCAACUUGCAACCGAUCCCGACGUCGCAAUCUUUAGACGCCAAUCUCGAACCGCAAACCGUGCUUUUAACGCAACUCUGUCCGGACGACUCGACGAAUUCGCUCCACCAGGCGUUUUUGCACAGACCGCAAGACCAAACUUUCAUAUGCUCUGAACUGGAAAGCCUGAAAGCGCUCAUUCAGGAAGGAGGGACGGAGGUGACGGUCGUGACAGAAGACAAUGACGCGAUGCUGACGCCGGCCGGCACGGGAGCUAUUUGCGGACAAGCCUUGGAGUGCAUGGAGGUUCCGACGCCGGCGGAUCUGAGUUUAGAGCAGAGUGCCUUGACAGCGUGUGAGGAGAGCGCGUUACUGAUGCCAAAUUUAAGUCUGGGGAGUCAAAAUGUAGUCAUUCACAGUGUACCGCUUAUAAUGUCGACACAGGCAGAUCAGAGUGAGAUUAGCCAGCUUCAACAGACGAUAUACUGUAAUUCAGACGCACUGGACAGUAUUCCGCAGUGAAUCUUGAAAUUUUACUGUGUUUUAAAUAUUGAAAAUACUUCAACUGUUUCUCUUUCUCCUCAGUUAUACAAAGACUUUAACUGCACUAGGGGAAAAUGGUCUCGAAAAAUGUCAACUUGAUUUUUUUUUUUUUGACAACGGUGUUAAAAUUAAAGGGCCCAUAUUACGCAAUUUUCUGAUCAAUGUUAUAAUGUUGGUUCAUCAUCAAAAACUGUCUGGAGUUGUGUUUUGUUUCAUUCACGCAUGUUUAACGCACAAACCCUGCGCAUUUAAAGUUCUCCUCUCAAACGGAAAACAUUCUGUUGCACCUUGUGAUGUCAUUUGAUAAUACAGGAAGUGAUCCGCUGUGUUUUUAAACUUUAUACAGCUUCAUUUGAAUCACUUGGGUAAUUUCAGCUUUGGAAUUUCCUAUCUUUACUAAACAAAAGGUAAAAGGUAACCGUUAACAUGAAACUGACUACUGUUUCAUGACAUCACAAGGUGGAACAGAGCAUUUUGAACUUUGGAGUUGUAGACAGACUUAAAUAAAGGCUUACUCAGACAUGUGUAGAUGAAGAAAAACACAACUCUAGGCAUGUUUUUGAUGAGGUAACAACAUUCUAACAUGACUUAAACAAGAGUCAGUUUUGCAUGAUAUAAGACCUUUAAGAUUUAGUCUAAAGUGCACAUUUUAAUACAUCCCGGUUCGUUCAUAUCCGAGAAAACACUGGAAUCUUAACAGCCAAACUAAUACAAGAAACCCAUCCGUUUCAGAACAUGUUUGCAGAGGUCUAAACUACAGGGUUUAGCAGCUUUUACACAGAACAGGACCCCAUGGAGGCAGUACGUUUUGUUGAAAAUUAUGAUUCAGUCAGUCUUUUUGCCUCAUGUUCUCCCAAUAAAACUAAAAUCAAACAAAAUGUCACAGCACCCAAAUUAAAGCUGCUGUAUGUAAGCGGUCUGUCAUUAGCUUCUCUUCAUGCAGAUAUUAUUGCUUUGCGUAGAAUACACAGUGUGGCAUUAAACUCCAGGGAAGCAAUCUCUUGGUCAAGUUACAGGUUAGAUCUGUGGAGAGUUACUCAAUAGUAAGAAUGUAUUUGCAUGUUUGUAUUUUUCAAGGUAUUUUGUUAACACUAAAAACACCUGUGAAACAAAUGCUUAAUGGAUAUGGUUAAUGCCAUACUGUGGAACAUUUGAGGCAAAGUAAUACAGAAAAGUUGCACAGUACACCUUUUAAACACAAAUUAUGAUUAUAAGAUUAUUGUCCGAACAUUGUGCUUUGAGACAAACUUUGAAUCAACUGAACAUCACCUUUUCUAACAUU